AUGGGUGGUUGUCUCUCUGUCUCAGUAUCAUGCGAUAAAGUUUUGGAUCAAUUCUCUCAAUGGUUAUGUGUCAAGCAAAGAUAUAUUCAAAACCUUGAGGAAAAUCUCACAGCGCUGGAGGCAACCAUGGAAGAGUUGAAGGCAAAGCGAGAUGAUUUGUCAAGAAGGGUGGAGCGUGAGGAGAUGAAAGGUCUACAAAAGCUUUCCCAAGUCCAGGUAUGGCUUACUAGAGUUGAGAACAUUGAAAGCCAAGUUAAUGACUUGUUUAGUGUUAGAACAACUGAGCUUCAAAGGUUGUGCCUUUGCGGGUUAUGCUCCAAAAGUUUAAAGUUGAGUUACCGCUAUGGUAAACGGGUUUAUUUAAAGUUGAAGGAGGUUGAGAAUCUUAAAUCUAAUGGGGUUUUUGAAGUUGUUGCUGAGAAAGCUCAAGCGUCUGAAGUGAUAGAGAGGCCUAUUCAACCUACAAUCGUUGGUCGAGAAGAAUUUCUUGAAACGGUAUGGAACCGUCUCAUGGGAGAUGGUGUGGGAAUUAUGGGGUUGUACGGUAUGGGGGGAGUUGGAAAAACUACACUUCUCUCUCAGAUCAACAAUAAAAUUAUUGGAAAAAAUAAUGUUUUUGAUGUUGUGAUUUGGGUUGUGGUAUCCAAGGAUCUAAAUAUUGAUAAGAUUCAAAACGAGGUUGCAAAUAAACUAGGGCUAGGUGGAGAAGCAUGGAACCAUAAAGAUAAAGAUCAAAAGGCGUGUGACAUACACAAUGUCCUAAAGAGGAAGAAGUUUGUGUUGCUGUUGGAUGAUAUAUGGGAAAAAGUAGAUCUAACAGAGAUUGGAAUCCCUUUCCCAAAAAGAGAAAAUGGAUGUAAAGUAGUUUUCACCACUCGCUCUCAAGAAGUUUGUGGUCGGAUGGGAGUUAACGCUGAGAUGGAAGUCCAGUGCUUGCCACCUCAAGAUGCGUUAGAGUUGUUUAAUUAG